AUGUCAAACACAGCCCUUGUGAUUCUGCUUCUAUUUUUGGCAGAAAGCUGCAGAGCUAAAAACAGCUCACUUUGCACCACUUCUUCAUGUGGGAAUAUCAACAUCAGCUACCCUUUUAGGCUGAGAGGUGAUCCUGCAGAUUGUGGCCAUCCAGACUCCUUUUACGCACUCGAAUGCCAGAAAAAUCGACUCAUAUUGCACACAGAAUCCAGAAGAUACCAUGUUGAGGCCAUCACUUACAGCAACUUCUCCAUCCGGAUAUCUGAUCCAGGUCUAGACAGCAACAAUAUCUCAUCCUGUCCGAUUUAUUCUUACAUAAACAAUGAUAUAUACUCAAACUAUGUGUACACAUACUACACUAGCAGCAUUUACAUAACAUUCAUCAACUGUCUAAGCCCUGUAGCUAAUCCGUUAUACGUUGAGAAUCCUUUCUGUGGCAACACGAGCGCCUUCUCCAACGAUUCCAGAAUUUACAGCUAUGUCACCACAGAAAGCAUACUAAUACCCGAUUUGGAGGAGUCCUGCACCUAUGACACCAUGGCUCAGGCUUCAUUAAUCUGGCCUUCAACUGAUCAUCAUAACUAUUCGUAUGCACAGAUUCAUGAUCUGCUUGCCUACGGAUUUGAGCUAUUAUGGUAUCCCGCCUUGUGUACAGAAUGCAAUGAGAGCAAGGGAACUUGCAGUCUGGAGGGCAACAAAAUCCGGUGUCGCCACUAUUGCUAUGAAAGCACCCCUUUCGAAGACCGUACUUUCAUCUGCAAAUUGGAGUAUUAUGCAGUUUACUUGUACCUUGCGGCCUUAGCAAUUGGAGGGCUUAUAGCACUAAGAUUUGUAAUUGGGAUUCCAUGUAUAAUUGGAAUGGUAGUGGUUGGAGUGAAAAGACAGCGUUCAUGGAUGAACAAUAGUGAAAACAUGGAAGAACUGAUGAGACACCAGUUGAAUCACAUGCCAAUAAACUAUAGUUACAGGGAGAUUAAAAAGAUGACACAAAAUUUCAAGGCUAAAUUAGGUGGAGGGCCUCAUGGAAGUGUUUUCAGAGGCAAGCUAAGGAGCGGUCCCAUCGUUGCAGUGAAGAUGCUGAGCAGUUCUUCUUCAGCGAGUGACAAAGAGUUCAUCAGGCGUGCAUCAGAAAUCUCAAGGAUCGCCAAUCCAAACGUUGUGAAACUCUUUGGAUUCUGCAUAAAAGGCAAGAAACGAGGUGUGGUGCAUGAGUUUGUGCAGUGUGGCUCUCUUGACAGACACAUCAAGGAAGGGGGUCUGAGUUGUGGAGAGACGUUCAAGAUAAGCAUUGGGAUAGCCCGUGGGAUUCAGUGUUUGCAUGCUGCCAACAUCUUGCAUCUUGCAAUCAAGCCUCAGAACAUUCUACUUGAUGAAUACUUGAGUCCCAAGAUCUCGGUUGAAAGAUUUGAGUCAUCACAGUUUAAGGGGAAGAUGGGAUUCAUGGCGCCAGAAAUGUUUUACAGCAACAUUGGAGGAGAAGCUGAUGUGUACAGUUUCGGGAUGCUGGUGCUGGAAAUGGCAGCACGGCUGCAGGGCGAGCUAGGCCGAGAAGUGUACUUCCCGUUGUGGGUUUACAAGCAGUUGUGUGAAGGGAAAGAGUUGGAAAUGAGAGAUGGUGGAGAAGAAGAGAAGGAGAUGAUGAAAAAGAUGAUUGUAGCAGGGUUAUGGUGCAUCCAGAUUAAGGCUGGAGAUAGGCCAACGAUGGAGCAAGUUGUUGCCAUGCUUCAAGGAGGACUUGAGUUGCUGCACUUGCCACCAAUGCCUUUCCACCAUUCUCACCUUUCAUUUUCAGAUUUAACUUAAUUUGUAUGUAUUCAUUUUAUUCAAUAACUUUUUCAACCCA